AGUUGGAUUGCAUAAAGAGUUCUCUAUGGAUGAUGAACAUGAUGUCGAAUCUAAUGAAAAUGGUGCAGUAAUAAUUAGAAACCAACAACUCGCACCGUCUUGUGAUUCAGGAACAAAUCCUCUAUUGGCUCAGAAGGUCGUCAGUCUAAGUUCUUCCAGAGAAAAAGAAACAAUUACUGGAUGUAGCAUUGCUAGUGCUAAUACAUCGACAUUCUCAAGAGCUGCCUACCACAUUGAACACUGCAGCUCCAAGGAUUUGGUUGAUCUCCAGUCACGGCACUGUGAUCAUGGUGACGACUCUUCUCUUAGUGGUCAAAGGGAAAUUGAUAAAAUCUUGGGAUCUGAUACUGAACCAGAUAACCUGUCAAAGAGAGACUUUUGCAUUAAAAAGGUUCCUCUGGCUGUGAAAAUGAAGAAGGGGCGGAAAAGUGUUAUUGAUACGUCAGCAUCUGAAGUCAUCGAUACAAAUGAUGCUAUAGCCAGGACUCGGAGGCGAAAAGUUUGACACAUGGGUAAUAUAACAUAAUCAAAGGUUAACUUUCCUGGACAAGGGCUGUGGGUCUGUAGUCAAGUUUGAAUGCACAUUACUGUCAUUCAGCUCAGAUCAACAGGUUUAAAGGUGUUUAGUUUGAUUUAUGGAAACAAAGAGGCUAAAGUUAUAGCUGAGAUUAUUUAUUUCUGUCCUUUUUGUUGCCAUUGAUUUGAUGGUUUAUUACAAGAUGUCUUGUUCGUAGACCUCUAGAAUUUUAUAUAACUAAACUUGAUACCAGGAGACUUGUUUUUUUGAUAUUCGAACAAGUUACUUGUUUUCAGUGAUAUCUACUUUUUGAUA